AUGAACAUUCCUGAAAAUAGCAUUAUUACUCAAUGCACAAAGUGUGGAGCACUAGUGGUCAUCACAGCCGAUACGUAUAAAGAUAUGGAAAAGUAUAUAAAUAAGCCAAUUCCAAACCAAUUUAAAUCAAAACUCAAAACAAUGGAAAAUUUACCAUUUUAUGAACAAUUUAUGAAUUCCAUGAAGCGUUCACGCCAAUACAGAUUGAGUUUAUUUCCAUUGUGCAUGAAAUGCAUUGACUCGUUAUCAAAAUUCGAAGAAAAAUACGAUAAAAUCAUUAGUGAAACAAUUUCAGCAGUUAAUGGAUCAACUCAUCAAAUAUAUCAGUGCAGAGCUUACAUGAAUGACGUUCAAAAUGCAGAUAUGCCAGAAAUUCCGACACGCAUCAUUUAUCAAAAUGAUAUUGACGAAAGAAGCGGUAGCUUCGAGAAAAAGCCAGUACCACGCACAGAGCAACCGAAAAUGUCUCCUUAUUUUGCAUUGCUAUUCUUUGCCUACAAAAUAUCAGUUUCUGACUUCUUCGGUGUAAUAAACUCAAUGAGAGUUGGCACACUAGAACAGUAUCCAGUUCCAGUUGAAGAAAUUCAAAAUGGACUUUAUUGUAUUAUUCGGAUUUUGAUGAAUUUAUUCAGUUCAUUGCGCUUGCCAACAUCUUACAUUACUCUUAGUAAGAACAUUGUCUUUCAUAUUCAGAACCAAAACUUAGAAUUUAAUUAUCCAACAUCAAGGAAAGAGUAUAAGCCAUUCAAUGUAUGCUUAAGUAAAAUGAUGGAGAUGUUUGAGCUUGCUUUUGAUUUCCUGUCAAAGAAAGGAACCAUUGGUCCGAACUUGAUUGUUUCGGCCGAGAAAAAGAUUGGUGAUAUCGAUUACACCCUUCACUCAAAUGAUACGGUUGGUUUUACACUAGCAAUGCGUGCACUCUUAAUUGAUAUUAAGACUGUGCAAGUUUAUCAAUAUAAAAGCCACUUCCGCUGA